CAUUUACAACGCGUACAUGCACUUUUUUUUGUUCUGAAAUCAAGAGUAUCCGUUACCCUAGGUUUAGCGGUUUUGCAUCCUAAUGCCCAUAUUCACCGUCGCUUGAGUACGAUUAAUGACUAAUCUAUAUUAUUGCCGCGUUUUCAUAUGCACCGAUACAUUUAACACCUGCUAAUCGUGUGUAGGCGUAAUCCUAGCGUAUUGACAGUUAAUCCGAAAAUUGACGGAUUGUGGUUCUAACCUUAUUUCGAGUUGUUGAUGUCUUUUUCCGGACAUUUCGGCUACAAAAAACACUGUUCCCAGAUUGGUAGAACAAAUAGACCGUCUUUAAACACCUUUUCCAAGAUUUCAGUCACUAUAAAAGUUUUGUUUUUCCAGGAAUAAUAGUGUGUUGCCCAUUAAUCAGGUGGGUGGGGCAUAUUAAAAGGUUGGAAUUAUCAAGACUUCGACAAGGAUACCCUUCUCCGGAAACUUCACGAGAGAUACGGAGUGUCUCCAUUUUUUAAAAUCACCGUCGAGCCAAAUCCCAUCGUACCUGGCCAGAACAACAUCAGGAUAUCUCCGUCGGGACUUGGGCUUCCCGACAAAGAAUAUUAUUUUAGAGAAGACAGUGAUAAGAUUCAGCAAGCCUAUAAAGAAUACAUUCGAGAUGUGGUAAUUUACAUGAGCAGCGCCAGAAACGAAGCAACCAAGUUUGGUAAUGACAUUUUUUCAUACGAAAAAAGAAUAGCAGAAAUAACACCGGACAGGGUGAUGUUGCAAAACCCCAUCACUACCUACAAUAUCAUAUCGAUUUCGGAGCUUCGAGAAACGAACUUGAUAAAAUUUUACGACAUUCUUCUCGCCAUGUACAAAGACUCACAAAUUACGGACCAGACUGAGGUCAUAGUAACAUCGAUAGAAUACCUACACCAGAUAGCACAAAUAAUCUCAACAACGGAUCGUAAAACUAUGAACGGCUAUUUGAUUUGGACUUUGGUACGAGAAUAUGUGCCUUUCCUAUCAGACAAGUAUACUUCGGUCUUGCAAAAUUUUCACUCGAAUCUUUAUGGGAUAGAGGAACCCAUGCAAAGAUGGGAAUACUGCGCGAAAUUGACAAAUAGAUUCAUGGGUCUCGCAGUGAAUUACUUUAGGGAGAAAAAAGACCCAUUGACUAAAGAAACAAUGCAAAUAGUGAAUACUACAUUUGAUAGCGUUGUAGUUGUCGCAAGGCGUAAAAUAAAGACCGAUAAAAUAACAAAUGGAUUAUAUGAACAUCUCAAUACCAAGCUAUUAAAUCUGCGGUUACAAAUAGGCGUUCCAAAAGCUUACAGCGAUCUGAUGUUUCUGAAAGAUUAUUAUUUAAAAUUCAAGAUAAUCAACCAUAAUUUCUUCGAAAACGUAAAAUCUGCUAUGGAGUUUCAAAAGAAGAUAGAAGAAAGAAGACUGUCAAAAUCACCCCCAGAAGAGACAAUUUUAAGCCACGUACUUGCAGAAACACCCAAAGUAGUAUACUCUGCUUCGGAUCAUGCCGUGGUUGUGCCUAGAAUGUUGGUCAAGGAGCCUAUUUUUGAAACUCACUUUCCAAGAGCGAUUAUCUUCGGAAGAUUAGGACAUGAAAUAAGUGAAGCAGUGAUUUCAUCAAUUCUGCCUUACGGAAGCGUUUGGACCGCCGAAAAGAAAAUUUUGUCACCUUUCCACAGGAUCGUCGAUGAUUCGUUCAAAUCUGUUGAACUUACAAGAAAUUGCUUGUCAAAAUUCAUCAUGGAGACUGGCAACGAUAUUUCCGAUAUUUUUGCUAACGAAACUGCUUUAACUACUAGCAUUCAUUUGUCUGCGCUAGAUGUCGCUGAAAAGGCACUAGGUUUGUCCCUUGAGAAAUCUAUUCACUUACACCAACCAGCAUUGGAAAAUUUUGAAGAUACGGCGUUGUUCUUUUUAGCGUAUGCCCAGACUCAGUGUUCAGAAUCUACCCGGCAACAGCAGUUCUAUGACAUUAUAACGGAAUUUAAAUUGGACCACAAAUCAAGACUGAAGCUAGCAUGGACCCAGAUACCAGAGUUUUCGCAGUCCCUUGGCUGUGAUUUUAACAAACAUUUUCAAUGCCAAAAGUUAUUUUAAAUAUUUAAAAACCUCUUAAGUAUUUCUUGUGAUGUACAUAUAAGAUCAGUUUAUUUUCCUUCUUUAUUUAUUUUUAUUCAGUUUUAUGGAGUCCAUUUUUUAUUUUAAAUAAAAUAAUGUUUGCUUAA